AUGGAGAAAUACGGUCUGCUGACACCUGAGCCGCAUUAUAUACCGGGGUAUACAGGGCAUUGUCCACAGCUGAGAUGGGGUGUAGGGAAGUCUUAUAGCAAGCUGACAGCCGAGUUGCUGACCAGCACUGAGGUGAAACACACCAGUCGCCUGGUCCUCCGCAGGGGUCACGCCCCCCCCACAGAGUCUGACCUGAUACUGAGAGGCAUCCCUGACACUGACUCGAAGAAGACGAUACCGGGAUACACAGGCUGGAUUCCAAGAAGACAGAACUACUUCGCUUGCACCUACACUGAAACAUGCCGUAAGGUGCUGUCUGAGUUUUACCAGGACAGGUGUGCAAAGACCCACUGGCGAUCAACGGACCUGCCAGCUGUUGUCAACAACCACCAGUGUGAAAGACCGAAACCCCCUUUGACGGCAAUCUCUGACACAGUAAUCACCUACGAGCCCUUGAAGCCCCCAUCCUCCACAACACCGGAUGACGAUGACCCACGCAAGUACUUUAUCUCAGGCUUCCUAGUUGGCAAAGGUUAUCCCAUCAUGACCAACCAGGCAUUGAUCCAGUUUGGGAAGCAGCAGCGAAGCGACCCUAAAGGACAAAAGGACAGCACAAUAACUCCAUUGCCCAAAAUCUAUCCCUCAAACCGGGGUGUGGUGCCGUCAUUCACAGGACAUAUCCCAGGAUACCGGUUCAUGUAUGGACAUACCUUUGGUCAACUUUCCAAGAAUGCACUGGAAAAGAGGAUCUUUCAGGAAAAGUCACAAAACCAUCAAACGCUUCAAUAA